AUGGGAAACUGUUGCAAGGCAUCAUCGUCAAUGGAGUGGGAUGGAGAAGACUGGGGAUCUUUAAACUCAUCAAACAACAAGGUGUUUGACGAAGCUGUUCAUCUUGAUCAUCGUCAGAAUAAUGAGAAUGAUGUGUUAGGAAAGCUUAGAGAUUCUUGUGAUGCAAAUGGGAAAGUGACGUUGAAGAUUUCAAAGAGCGAGCUAGCUGAAUUAUUAGGAGCUAUACAACAGAAUAAUAAUAAUAAUAAUCAACAGCCUCAGAAGCAAAUGAGGAAGAAGAAGAAGAAGAAAGAAUUAAGUUCAGCAGAAGAAGUUCUGAUUCGGUUAAUGAAAUCUAGAGAUCAUGAAAUUGCAAAUAAGCGUCACUGCAGUAGUAACUGGAAACCGGUGCUAGACACUAUUCCUGAGUGA